CCGGGAAAGGCACAGUCCGCGAACAGUCCUCGUCUGACUCAGAUCAACCAGGAGGUUUGCACUUACAGGAGCACUCAAUAGUUCUAUCACGUGUUGUGUAUUGCUUUGCAAAUUUUACCCAGUUCAACAAUGAAAACCUUUUUGUUGGGAUCAGUGCUGCUGAUGGCUUCGGCAUGCUACGGAGUUCAGGAUACUCCUGAAGUGGCCGCUGCCAAGGCUGCUCACUUUGCUGUCCACGCUCAUAUUGCCGCUCAUGCUGCUCCAGCGCCAACUGCUCAUCACUGGGGUGGUGGUCACUACGAAGCCCCUGUUCAGAAGUGGAACGGACCGAUUCACAUUCCACAGAUCCAGAAGGGCGUCCCAGUCGAAACCGCAGAAGUUCAGCACGCUAAGGCUGCUCACGCUGCUGCUUAUGCUAAGGUCGCCGCACAACCUCACUAUGCCCCAGCUCCAUAUCACGCCCCAGUUGUCCACGCUCCAGCUUACCAUUCGGCCCCAGCUGCUUACGCUGGAGCUCACCAUGGAGGUGGAGCAUGGCAUGGACCUCAACACGUUCCAGUCAUCCACAACGGAGUUCCAGUGGAAACCCCAGAAGUGCAGCACGCUAAGGCCGCUCAUCUGAACGCUUUGGCUAAGGCCGAUGCUAGCUCUAACGCGCAUGGACAUGGAGAUGAUGGCUCUUACAAACCGCAUUUGUACGAGUCUGCACAUCACUAAAUAAGUCACGUCCGAUGUCAGACACUCCUAUAUUUCAUAGUAACUAGCCACUUGUAAAAUACUCAUCACUACUGUCCAUGCCUAGCGCCUUUGAGCGAUUACUGUAAAAAAGACAGCAUUUCACAAACACACAUGUGCACGCGCAUUGCAAACUUCACCGCAACUAUUGAGUGCUUCAUAGAAUAGUCAAGCAGGAAGAAUUCUCCCACAAAUGUCACGCGUUCGACAUCGUAACCAACAUCCAUCGGAGUAGCCUACGCCUGAAUUCAACAUUUGUGGGAGUAGCUUCUAAUGAACGCCUAAGUAGAAACGCCAGGUUGCUUAGAUCAAAAUCUGGAUACAGUUGGAGAGAAACAAUUUACGAAAAUAUUUAGAAAAAGCUGAAUAAGACUGAAAGGCUCAAAGCCAUAAAGAAUCACAACCUAGAUGACAACUACACGCAGCGAACUGGGCUAUCGAAAUUCAUACAUUUAGCCUAAUAAAGACUGGAACGAAUAUUGCAUCAAGGCGUUGAUAUGCACGUGGCGUACGAACGGGCCUAUCGAUGGCAAGGUUCUUGAUUCGAUUCCAGGUUGCCACAAAAAUAUUAAGGCAAAUUUAUGACAUUCUUGUGGCGAGCUUCCAAAGGAUGUUUCUAUCUAUUUCCAUAGUCCGUUUGUUUGAGUGUAUAACUGAAAGCAUUUUGCGCAGUCGUAUCAAUACUAGAUCUGAAAAUCAUACCUUUUGUGCGAACUGAAUAAAACUAGCAAAUGCGAAACAA